AAAGUGUAUUAUUGCGUCGGCGUACGUUGUUGCAUUUGUUUGUACAUGGAUGAGAAUUGAUUCACCUGCCAGUCUAGGUCAAAUUAUUUCUAAAAAUUCUGGCACUGCACUAUUUUAAUUAUCGGCUACAAAUUAUUUGAGUGGGAUUAUGCGCUGCCGCAGCCUGAUCGGCAUUAUGGAUUUUCAUGGAAGCUGCCGAAUGAUUUGUUGGAUUAUUUGCCUCGUACUUUCCACGGCACGGGCCUCCACGAAAGAGGCACCCGAACUUUUGGUCGUUGACAGUCUGAAUGAUCCCCUGGAAGAUACUCCCUCAUCUGGCAAUUCAUCGCCAGCGGCGCCCGAGAUUAUCCGCAUUCUGACGAACGACACGGACCCCGGCGACGUCGGCCUCCAGGAUGAGGAGACGCUAAGCGCUCGCUACCCGGAAAUCAGCGAUACUUUUAUCGAAGAGUUGAUUAAUAAAGGCAAGGACCGGGCGGAGGGGCUGUUCGGGGUGCUGCUGACGGAUGACAACGACCCGGGAUUCUCCAAACGGGCGCUGGGGAAAGUGCCGGCCAAGCAGUUGAUCGUCAAUCAGUUUCCGGCGGUGGACAAUGUCAGCUCGGCGGCGGGAUUGGGACGCUUUGGGGAGAUGGAUCCGCGGAUUAUCCCAAUUAGUCAGCGGGCGAAUAUGCUGCUGGAUGUGACGCGCGGCGUUAAGGACAAGAAGGAUGAACACGUACGAGCGAUUCGACAGAUCACCGGAUUGACCUUACCACAGUUCCGCGCAUUUUGUCCAUUUCCUAAAGAGAAAGCUGUUGUAUCGCUGACCACUCCAUUCGAUAAACACAACCUGCCGCAGUGUGCGGGGAACAAAUUCCGAAGCUUGGAUGGAAGUUGUAAUAACGUUGCGUUCCUGACACGGGGCAAGGAAUCGACGAUUUAUCGCAGGUUACUGGCGGCAAAUUAUGGAGAUGGAAUUUCUGAGAUGCGAACGCCAAGUGUCGGCGCUUCCUUGCCCAGUGCCCGCGCGAUCAGUAUACGAGUGUUCGAUAACGCGGAAAAUCCGGAAGGCGACAUUUCCGCCAUGAGUGCGCACUUUGGCCAGUUCUUAGCACAUGAAAUUGUGAAUUCGCCAUCAUCGAAAACUGUUGAUAAACAAACUCCCAAAUGCUGCAAUUCUCCAGUAACCACCCAUCCCGAUUGCUGGCCUAUUAAUAUUCCGAACGAUGACACUUUUUCUGCGCGACACGGCAGAACCUGCAUGGAGUUCGUUCGUACACUGCCCGGAAUUCGUCCCGGGUGUACGCUGGGACCCCGUGAACAGAUCAACCAGGUCACCCACUUUAUUGACGGAAGUUCCGUGUACGGCAGCACGAACGAGGAAGCGGCUAACCUGCGGCUCUUCGUCAAAGGUCAACUGAAGACCACACAACCUUACUGGCAGUCGCCGCAGUACACGUUGUUGCCGACGGAUGCGGGCGGGUGCCCGUCCCAUCCCACGGGGCUCCAGUGUUUUAAAGGCGGGGAUAAGCGCGUCAACGUGCAGCCGGGAUUGACGAUGCUGCACACGAUCUUCAUGCGCCAUCACAACAACCUGGCCUCGCUGCUGUCGACGAUUAAUCCGCACUGGGACGAUGAGCGGCUAUUCCAGGAGACCAGACGGAUCGUCGGCGCUCAGCUGCAGCAUAUUGUUUUCCAGGAGUACCUCCCACUAAUCCUGGGAUCAUCCCUGAUGCACAGUUUCAACAUUUCUCUGGACGACGGGCAAAACCAUCCGCCCUACGACAUCACCAUCAACCCCUCCAUCACCUCAGAAUUCGCGGUGGCUGCCUUCCGCCUGCACUCCACCAUCCCGCCGAUUAUUGCGCUGCGCAACGCGGACUUCACGCGCGCCGGCUCCAAACGCUUCCGCGAAGCGUGGUUCAGUCCGUUUGAUUUAUACCAGGGUUACUAUAUGACGCAGUGCGCCGCCGGUAUGGCUUCCGGGGUGUGGGAUAAAAUGGAUCAGCACUUCACUACAGAGACGCAGAACCACCUCUUCCAGACGUUCCCCAGCCAGUUCGGACUGGAUCUGCCGGCUAUCGAUAUUCAACGGGGCCGGGAUCACGGUCUGCAGCCGUACGUUAAAUAUCGCGAGUUGUGCCAACUGCGAGUGCCGAAAAAUUUCCUGGAUCUGAAACGGAUGCGGAUUAUGCCGGAGCCGGUGGUGGAUCGGCUGGCGAAAGUUUAUAAUUCGGUGGAAGAUAUCGAUCUUUUUGUUGGUGGAACCGUGGAGAAUCAUGUGGCCAACGGACGAGUCGGACCAACAUUUGCCUGCAUCAUUGGAGAACAGUUCUAUCGUCUGCGGUACGGCGAUCGAUUCUGGUACGACAAUAAAGUGCCACUUCCGUCGGCAUUUACCCCAGAGCACGUUGAGCAGAUCAAGAAGACCAGUUUAUCGCGGAUUCUGUGUUCUAACGUGGAUGGAUUGGUUAACAUCCAGCGGGAUAUCUUCCGUAUUGCUGAUGUUACAAAAAAUCCUCGUGUAGCCUGUACUGCCCUACCGGAAGUGGACUGGCAGCGAUGGAAGGAGAACAUCUGAUCGUGGAUAACUGAACGUGUAGUAAGGUUGCGGGAUAGCGAAUUGUAUCAGACAGCUGAAAUCAAGCAGUUUUUCUGCUUAGUGCAUUGUUUACACACUUCAGGAAGAAGAAAUUAAUAUUAACUUUAAAUUUAUUGUUGUUAACUUUAACUUUAUUAGCUUUUUAAUGAGAUUUGAGUAUUUCCAUGCAGACGAAUUACCUUAUAUUUUUGCUGUCUACAUAUAUUUUUAAAAAUUUUAAUGCUGCUUGUAACCGUUGUUUGUGAGCUUAGUGAAUCUGCGACGUUUGCUGCUUUGUGUACAUUUUUUGAAUUUGUAAAUGAUUAUCGGCCGCGUUAAUGGUUAAUUGGAGUGGAUACUUACAUGUUAACUACGCUAGUUGGACGUGUUAUAAUAUUCGUACAAUAUACGAUUGUAGUGAAAAGGUUUGUAAAAUGAAAGCCAAAAAACAAGUUGAAUACCGCUUACGACAAGUGUGUGGGUACUGUAAGUUAUUAAGUUUAUAUUUGUUAGUACGCUUUGGUUUUUUUCAACUGGAAAAACCUAAUUAAUACUGUCGAAACAAUUUUCGGGAAGUGAGCUCGAACGAGAAUUCAGCAAGGUUCGUUAUACUUAGCGCCACACGCAAAUGAACUGUUGCGGCGUACAUUCGCAUGAACAACCCCGGUGACCUUUGUCCCCGUGUUGCGUUGCUGAGUGAGUGACACAAUCAGCCAUCAUGCUAAGCGCUUUUUGCAAUGCCUUCCGCGGCCGCGGGGAAAAAAACGCAGCAUUGUGUGAUUGAGAAAUCACCCUGCACUACAUCUGCGCGUACAUAAUGCGAUGAUUCCCUCAAAACACCAAUGCCAGGUCCGAUGGCUAAUCGCAGUCCACCGCUGCUGAAAAGCCCAAACAUGCAAACGCAUGG